AAGAACAUUUAUUUUUUUUAAAAAAUUCUCGGGAAAACAAAGAUUUCUUAACACUUUGGCAUUCUAGACUUUUCCCUUCGGCCCAAUGAUCAAACCCAGACGGGCCAAUCCAUGAAUUAUGACCAGUUCAAUCAAUCACCUAUGGACUUAAUGAACCAAAGCAACAAUGACUUGUCUAAUGUCACUCUGUCAGGCAUCAAUGACAUGUCCAUCUUUGGAAACAACUCGGAUGUCUACCAACAGCAGCAACAACAAAAUGGCUAUCCUUAUAGGACAAAUCCAAGUAAACCAAAAUCCCCCGUUUACAAUGCUGAAAAGAUCAAUCUUGACAUUGGUGGAGAUCUCAAUACCAUGGCACAUGGUUGGACUCAGGAGGAAUGGACCAACCGUAGACGUUUAGUGCAAUUCUGGCGAACACAGGAUGGCUCCCACAUCACAUGCGGUUUCCAACCAGUCUCUCAAAACAGCCGCUUGCAAGGAAGCAUAGUUGUUUCUUGCAUCUUUUGGGAGCAGAAGAACGAAUGCUACAUUACAUCAGUUGAUUGCAUUUACCUUUUGGAAAGUCUCAUUGGUGUACGAUUCAGCAUUGAAGAAAAGAAUCGAAUCAGACGCAAUCUGGAAGGAUUCCGCCCUGCCACCGUCAGCAAGUCAAAGCCCGACAGCGUUGAGUACUUCAAAUUGAUUAUGGGAUUCCCCAAUCCUAAGCCUCGAAACAUCGAAAAAGAUGUCAAAGUUUUCAAAUGGAAGGUACUACCUUACGCACUUAAGAAAAUUGUCGCAAAAUAUACGUCAACCGCACACUCUCUUGAUCGCCGAUCCCGUAGUCCUAUUUCACACGGACACUCCUCUUCUGAUCAAAACAUGAGUAACCAACGAACCCCAUCGCCACUUCUUCGACCAACUGGUGGUCAAUCCAUGACAUCUCCAUAUUUAACCCCCACUUACGGACAACAAGACAUGCGUCGUCUUUCCAGCGAAAAUGCGAUGCUCGAUCAAAAUGCUCUUAGCCCACAAAGCAUUCAGAACUGGUCAAGAUCUCCAAGUCCUAUGAACAUGCCACUUCCCUCCAAUCAAUCGCUCAGCCCCACUAAUUUGGAGUUCCCAGCUCAAGCUUUCCAAACUUACCAAUCCUAAGGAAGACACAACACGUGCCGAAGAACAUCCACCUGUCUAUUUUGUAACUAUUCAAUCCACUUUUCCGCAAAUACUCUGCCAUAUCAAAAUUCUCGUCAUAUAUUUCAAGCGUCCUUCCUCAGCCCAACCGUAUUGAACAAACGGCUUGCUCCAACAUGAAAUUCGAAAAACACACUCUCGUCAGUAUAUAGUUCAUUAUAGACCGGAUUUAAUUUACAAUGAUUCAGUACCACGAUUACAUCUGUUCUAUAUUUUGAUCCUUAUAAAUGUAUAUAAAAGUCGUUCAAAAACAAAAAACUUCCUUGCACUUCUAUUUCUCACAUAAUCGCCAUUCUUCCAAUAGCGAUGCCCACUGCUGCACCUGU